GUUUCAAGGUUGACAUUAUACAGCAUUGAUCAAUUGACACCUAGAACUGAUAAAAUGAGCAAAAUCUUUCUAACCGGCGCAACAGGCUACAUUGGCGGCGAAGCCCUAUACGCCAUCAGCAAGAAACACCCCGACUUCUCCAUCUCAGCCCUAGUUCGCGAUACCACAAAAAACCAACGUAUCAAAGCCGCUUUUUCGAACGUUCGAAUUGUGAAUGGCGAACUCGAUGAUUUUGAGUUGUUGAAGCGUGAGGCUGCUAAUGCUGAUAUUGUUGUUCACACAGCGGACGCAUCGGAUCACGUUAUAGCCGCUCAGGCAAUCGCCGCGGGACUCGCAGAGGGCCAUACAGCCUCAAAACCAGGCUAUUGGCUUCAUGUAGGUGGAACGGGUAUCCUGACGUUCAGAGACUCUGAUCGUAACGUCUAUGGAGAGUACGAUGAUAAGAUCUACAAUGACUGGGAAGGGGUGGACGAAUUGACCCAUCUACCCGAUCAUGCAUUCCAUCGGAAUGUAGAUAAGAUUGUGCUUGAAGCGGGGACCAAGAAUGCUGAUAGAGUGAAGACGGCAUUGAUUUGUCCGCCUACUAUUUACGGUCCUGGACGUGGCCCCAUUAACCAAAAGAGCCGCCAAGUUUACGCCCUAGCAAGCAUGACCCUUCAGAUCAAGAAAGCGCCACUCCUCGGCGCCGGCAAAUCCAUCUGGAACAACGUUCAUAUUCAGGAUUUGGGCCAACUAUUCGUCCUCCUCACCGAAGCUGCCGUCGCCGGCCGCCAGGACAAAGGUCUUUGGGGUGCCGAAGGAUAUUAUUUCGUCGAAAACGGCGAACAUGUCUGGGGUGAUGUGUCGCGAUCCAUUGCCCAGAUCGCCGCCAAGGAAGGAUAUAUCCCAGAACCAAGCGUUGGGGAGGUUGAUAUCGAGACUUGUGAGAAGUUUGCGGGAUAUCAGGCUAUGAGUUGGGGGAUGAAUUCGAGGGGAAAAGCGAAGAGAGCGGUGAAGUUGUUAGAUUGGAAGCCUGUGGCGCCGAGUUUGGAGGAGGAGUUGCCUGGGAUUGUCAAUAUGGAGUAUAAUGAUUUGAAGAAAUAGGUUACUGUAGUGUGAUGUGUAUAUAUGAAUGAGAUAGUGUGAAUGUUGUGGGAUUUCC